CCAGCAGGUGUCGCAAUCCUCCGAUUCACGAACUUAGUUUUCAUUUCGUACGCAUGCGCACAUGAGGGAAACAGUCAUGGCGGCGGUAGAGAAACCUACGAAGGAAAAGCUGUUGUCUGCUCUGGAUGAUAUUGAAGUUUUAUCAAGAGAGCUGAUAGAGAUGCUGGCACUGUCCAGGACACAGAAGCUGCCCCACCCUGGAGAGGACACACAGAUUUUGGAGCUGUUAGUGCAGAGAGAUAAAGAGUUCCAGGAGCUGAUGCAGACGGCAGAAGAGCAGGGCAGAGUGCACCAGGAGAUGCAGACACUGGAGAAGGAAGUUGAGAAGAGAGACAGUGAUAUCCAGCAGCUCCAGAAACAACUCAAAGAGGCGGAGCAUAUACUGGCCACUGCUGUCUACCAAGCCAAAGAAAAACUGAAGUCUAUUGAAAAGGCCAGAAAAGGGAGUAUCUCUUCAGAAGAGAUCAUCAAGUAUGCUCACAGGAUUAGUGCCAGUAAUGCAGUGUGUGCACCUCUUAACUGGGUUCCAGGUGACCCCCGCAGGCCAUACCCCACUGAUCUGGAGAUGCGCAGUGGAAUGCUGGGCCACAUGAGCAACAUGUCCACGAAUGGAGUGAACGGACACUUGCCUGGAGAUGCAUUGGCUGCUGGAAGAUUACCAGAUGUGCUAACCCCACAGUAUCCUUGGCAGUCCACUGAUGUUUCCAUGGGGAUUCUGCCUCCUCACCAUGGCAACGAUUUUGGCCUGGAGCCACCUGGUCAUAACAAGGAAAAUGAAGAUGAUGUCGAGGCCAUGUCAACAGAUUCCUCCAGCAGCAGCAGUGACUCAGACUGAGUGUGUGUGUGCAAGAUGUGUAGGCAGUUACCUGUGUAAUAGUCUGGAGAAAGUCUGGCAUCUACAUCAGUUUAACCCAUCUCAGUAAUUCUGAAGAUCCAGAAGAUGGCAUCAUAAAAUACCUUGAGGCGGACCAAACCUACACCAGUUCUCUCUUCAUUACUGUUUUUCAGCCUACAGUUAUCAUUGGUUUGUGUCAUUCUAAAGUCCUACUGGCCUCAUAAAUGUCACUAAUAUGUUGUUCUCAUUGUGUGUAGUGUGACAGGCUGAUUUGCAUAUAUUUGCAAUCUGGUGGAGCGAAAUGUUGACAUGAACCAAAUUUGUGGUUUACAUGGCUGGAAUAUAAAUAGUACUGUAAAUACAUGUUAAAUUUCAGACUCUAUAAAUAAAGCUUUUUUUUUUUUUUUUUUUUUUUUUUUUUACAAAAAUGGCUACUUUUUAUGUUUUAAUCUAACAGAUUGUCAGUGUACUUUGAAUUUGUUUUUCUCUCAGAAACGUAAAAGGUAAAAUAGCUGUAUGGGAAGGUGUUUGGUGGAAGUGACCCUUUGAAUUUAGUCUUCCAAAAGCUAUAUAUAGUGACAUCUAAAAAUACUUGCGCUUUUCAUGCUUCAGUGCAAGGGAUUUGCACAUGGGUACAGAAUAGACUGUCAUGUUACAUUGAUUCAUAUUUGGCCUUUUUUUAUUAUUUCUUUUUUAUUAUUAUAACAGAACACAGUCUAGAGAGAAAUUAUAUCCAGUACUUGAAUAAGCCUGAACUCAUGCAUCCCAGUAACUGUGAGUUAUAUCUGUUUAAAUUUUUAUAUCCUUACCUUUAGCACUGCAGUGAUCACAAUUAAAAGCUAUCUCUAAACUUCUGAAUCAGUUGCUCCCUUUUAAGUCAAUUCUUGCUCAUUAUAUUGCACAUGGUGAUUCAGUUUAGCAUGUUCCCAGCCAGUGUCAGAUUGCCAUUCUAAAUUCCUACUUUUACCACUCAUUAGAUUGUACAUAUGUAAUUUGCCUCAAUUUGGAAUAAAGUCAUUUUUUACACAUUC